GGGGACCCCGGCUUUUACAGCCCGAGCGCUGGCUGCGGAGAGAUCUCCGGGGUCGAGGCCGGGGUCGGCGAGGCUCCGCCCGGGGCAGCGCCGAGGCCGGCUCCUGCCUCCCUCCCUCCCCUCUCGGCGCUGCCUCCCCGCCCAGCCCCAGCCCCACCUGCGGGCGCCCCCCGCCCCCUUCCCCCCUGGCCGCCGGUCGGGGCUGCCGCGGUGCCCCCGAAGAUGCCGCCUCAUCGCCGCCGCGCCAGUCCCGCGGGGACGUCGCUGUUUCCCUUCUAGACUAAAGGUUACUUUUCCAGGCGUGUUUUGCUGUCCCCGAAGCCCUUUAAAGGUGAAGCAUAGAAUUGCUGAGGAAGAAAAUUAAUGCAUCCUUGGACUCCUGAAGGAAGAGCCUUCCUGAUGGGACCACUUUCAAGGGUGGAGUGAAAAACCAAUUCACAAAGUUCCAGCAUUGACGCUUUCAAGGAAUUCUACGUGCUUGAUGAAGAUGGAAAAAGAUGAAAAACAAACUGAGUUCAUGGAGAAGGGUGAAGAAGGCAAAUACUUAAUGGAACUUUAUUUCCUUAGAAGCGUGUUCUAAAUACUCUUCCUAGACAUCUUUCAUAAAUAUUCUAUAUAUCAACACAGUGUCAUGAUUGGAAAUCUGGCUCAUCAAACAGCAUACACUGGAAGAAGCCUGCUUGGAAUGUGACUGUAUUGUUUCUGAGAGUUUGUGAGAAAAUGCUAUAGACAUCUACCUAUUAUUUAUUAACUCUGCAUCUCAAUUCAGCUGCAACAAACUAGUCUUUGAAGUGAAUAGAAACAGAGCCCUUUUGGAUACUUUUGUUGAACAUGACUCAUGGAGAAGAGCUUGGCUCUGAGAUGCACCAGGAUUCUGUUGUUCUAACUUACCUAGAGGGAUUACUAAUGCAUCAAGCAGCAGGAGGCUCAGGUACUGCAGUUGACAAAAAGUCUACUGGGCAUAGUGGAGAGGAUCAAAACUUUAAGAUUUCUGGAAAUAUAUUUCCCAACUGUCAAAGUAAUGGUCCAGUUCUUAACACAAAUACAUAUCAGGGAUCUGGCAUGCUGCACCUCAAAAAAGCAAGACUGUUGCAGUCUUCUGAAGACUGGAAUGCAGCAAAGAGAAGGCGGUUGUCUGAUUCCAUUGUGGACUUAAAUGGAAAAAAGGAAGCUUUGUUAGCUGGCAUGGUUGAAAAUGUGCCUAAAGGCAAACAGGAUAGCACAUUACUUGCCUCUUUGCUUCAGUCAUUCAGCUCUAGGCUGCAGAGUGUUGCUCUGUCACAGCAGAUUAGGCAGAGCCUUAAGGAGCAAGGAUAUUCCCUUAGCCAUGAUUCUUUACAGGUGGAGAAGGAUUUAAGGUGCUAUGGUGUUGCAUCCAGUCACCUGAAGACUCUUUUGAAGAAGAGCAAAGCAAAGGAUCAGAAGUUGGACAACAGCCUGCCUGAUAUAACAAAAAACCUGCCCAAUGAGAGGUUUAUAGAAUCUCCUCAUGCAGUGCAGAGCGGACCUAAAGUGAUAAAUGAGCCACUGUCAUGUGCUGCAAGAUUACAAGCUGUUGCAAGCAUGGUAGAGAAACGAUCUAGUCCUGCUGCUUCACCAAAGCCCAGUGUAGCAUGCAGCCAGCUAGCUUUACUCCUUUCAAGUGAAGCUCACUUGCAGCAGUACUCCAGGGAACAUGCUUUAAAAGCACAAAAUGCAAAUCAAAUAGCAAGCGAGAGACUUGCAGCUAUGGCCAGAUUACAAGAAAGUUCUCAGAAAGAUUCUGGCCAAUUCAGUUUAGCAAAAGGAAUGACAAGCCAUCUCAAUGGUCAAACAGGAUCAUCAACCAAAAUGGUAUCAAGCAAAAGCAAUAUGGCACCGUUUCAGAAUUCAGUGGGAAUCACACAUUCAACUCCCAAAAAUGUGGGAUUCAAAAGUACUUUGGAAAGGAGUAAUGUGAAAACCUCUCCCAACAGCAGUUUGCUCUUACAUCUCCUGAAAAGCCAGAAUACCACCAAACAAUUAAAAGGGCAUGAAGAGAGCAGCACACCAACAACUAUCGAUGAGUAUUCAGACAACAAUCCUAGCUUCACAGAUGAUAGCAGUGAUGACGAAAGCUCCCAUUCUAACUGUCUUCCCAUAGACUUAUCCUUUAAACAGAGGACAGAUAAACCAGAUGCAGGUCCACCUGCAUCACUGGAUAACCUGACUCAGUCUUUGCUUCAUAGCUGGGAUCCAAAAGUUUCCUGUCCAGAGAACAAGGAAGACAAAGACACUCCAAAGGCAUCUAAGCUGAAUCCCCAUCAAAAAGUAACACUACUUCAGUUGUUACUUGGGCAUAAGAGUGAAGAAAAGGUUGACAAAAGUAAUGAGCCUCAGGGACCACACAGUGCAGCUGAUGUGGCAAAAUUCACUGUACAGACUGGUAAAAGGACUCCUGUUACUGACAGUCCCAGUGCAAAUCGAAUGACUCCACUAAGCACUCCACCUUUGCUUGCUUCUACAAAAGCAGACUCUCCUAUAAAUCUCUCUCACCAGUCGUUAGCCAUCAAACGUAACUCACCACCAUAUGCCUGCAGCAUCCAGCCAGACAGGCUGGUGAAUCCUGCAUCUAAACAUUUGAUAGACCUUUCUAAAAGCAAAGAAAUUCAAGGAGCCAAGCUGAGCAGAAAUGAUAGUCCACAAAACUCUUCGGCUUUCAGUGCCAGCAAGCUGUUGCAGAAUCUUGCUCAGUGCGGUAUGCAGACUUCCAUGUCAAGUGAAGAACAAAGACCUAGCAAACAUCUGCUAGCAGGGAACACAGAUAAACCUGUAGGCUUGAUUGAUAGAUUGAACAGCCCUCUGCUUACAAAUAAAUUGAGUAUGCAUGAAGAAAAUAACAAAAUAUUCAGUUGUCAGUCUGUACCCACUGAACAAGGACUUCCAGGUUCGGAAAUAGAAAAUCUCCUUGAAAGGCGCACUGUCCUUCAGCUGCUUCUGGGAACUCCCAAUAAAGGUAAAAGUGAAAAGAAAGAGAGGGUGCUUUUAAGAGAUGAAGGUUCUCAGGAACAGACAGAUAAGGCUUUGAAUGAGCAAAUAUUGACAGUGAAAAUAAAAACUGAACCAUCUGAAGAAUCAAAUGUUCCUUAUAAUUCAAAUGCACAACAAAUAAGAGAGUGCAAGGGUAACAAAUUUCAAGGAUUUAUUCAUUCACUGCAGAGAAACACAGCUGCUUCUCCAGCAUCUGAGGAGAUGAAAUCUGAGCCUCUUUCACCUCAAGAUUUUUCUUUUUCCAAAAAUGGUCUGCUAAGUAGAUUGCUGAGACAAAAUCAAGAUAGUUACCCUGCAGAUGAGCUGGACAGAACUCACCGAAACAAUGAGCUAACACACCUGGAAUCAAAGAGUCUUUGCACAGUACCGAAGAAGAGGAAGCUUCAUGCUGAGCCUUUGGAAAGUCCAUUAAAAAAGAUGAAAACUAAUGUGUCUGAUGCUGCAAACAAUCAUGUUUCUCCUACAGAGGCACUGUAUGGACCUUUGCUAAACCAGCAAGAACUGAAAUUCAGCAGAAGUGAUUCUGAAUUUAAAUAUGCUGUAAGUCAUGGUUCAAAUAACGAAAGUGAAAAUAGGAGUUGGUCUAGAGAUAGUAAAGGCUUUAAUGUGUUGAAACAGCUGCUUCUCUCAGAAAACUGUGAGAGAGAUCUGUCACAACAUAGGAAUAGCUUACUAACGGAGGGCAAGAAAAGAGGAAACAAAAGCAAUGCAACAAUUAAUAAACCUGAAUUCAGCAUUUCUUCAGUAAACACAUUAAUGGGAAGUCCUGUGCAACAGAGCAAUUGUGUAGAUCACAGAACAUUUCACUAUCCAGUAGUGGUAAAAAGUCCUGCCAGUUCCCCCUUCCCUGAGCAUUUGGGAAGUACGGUAUCUAGGCUCGAAUCUGACCAGUUUAGUGUGUGUCCUGUGCCCGGUGAGAAAGGUCCCAUCAGAUGGGUUAUCACAGGUAUGGACAAGAAUGACUAUGAAAAAGACUCUCCAAGACUGACCAAAACCAAUCCGAUAUUGUACUACAUGUUACAGAAAGGCGGCAACUCUGUUAGCAGCCAAGAAGCACACGACAAAGAAAUUUGGAAUGAACCUUCAUUUACUGAUAGUUCAACUCAUGUUACAAUCAAAGAGGAGUUAACAUCUGAUGCAGAGCUUGAAACUCCUUUUAAUAACUUAAGAAGCCCUUACAACAGCCAUAUGGGGAAUAAGACCUCUCAUCAACAUGGUGUGAAUGGUGAAGUGCAUGGACUUCUGGAAAAAGUGCUAACAAUCAAAAAAGAGCCAGAAUAAACUACAGUCUCAUCAAUGAGUUUACAAUCAGUGGUUUUGAAUCUUUGUUUAAAAAAAAAAAAGGAAAAAAUGAAAAAAUAAAAAUGAAUACGAACUUGACUACUGUACAAAUUGAGCAUGAUUUUAGAAAAGCAUGGUCUAAUUGAAACGUUUUCAUUUGAUAAACUUUUUAUUUUUCUGGUGAUGUUAUUUAAAAUACAUGUAGAUAAAAUUUGCUUUACAAUAGGUCGUCACAAUGAAGUUAGGUUGUAAUUUGUACAAGACAUUUCUGUAUGCAUCAAAUUAAGUUAUGAGUACUCUUUGAUCAGAGUCUUAUUUGGAUCUGCAGGUCUUUGGUAUAACAUAAAGUGUAAGCGUACAGCCUAGGUGGUGGUAAUGCUGCGUUUCCUCCCUUUCCUGUAAAAUAAUCCUUAUUUUUGGAAGCCUGAGCAUAGAGACAGUGUACCUUUUUUUUUUUUUUUUUUCCGAAUGUUUAAUAAGUUUUGUGAGAUUUUAAGAAUAAAGAAAUGAAGCAGUCCGUCCAAGGUAUUAGCUCGUCACACAGGGAAAACCUGUGCCAGUGUUAAUAACUGAACUGCACUGAAAUGUAAUUUUUAGUGCUUCCAUUUUUUUUUUUUUUUAAAUCUUGUUUGUGGUCCUGCCAGAAUAGCAGUGUAAAAUCUAUUUUUCUUCUUUGCCCAGCUUUUGACAAAAGCCUUCCUUAAAAUCCUUAGCUAUAUUUAAGAGUUCCUAGUUACAAUUAAGGUUUUUUUCUAGGUUUUUAUAUAAAAGGCAGAUUUUCAUAUGACGUGUGAAUACUACAUGAGUCUUUUGUUGGUGCAUUCCUGUCAUUUCCCUCCUUAAAAGGGGAAAGUCAAAAUGCCUCUUGGAGUACUGCAUUUCAGAAAGCUUAGCACAUAGAUUUUGUGAGGAAAAUGGUGGAAAGUUUGUGAAGCAGCUAAUCAGAAUUGUCUGUUUAACACCAUCUUGCUUCUUUUAAUGAAGAAUACCAACUGCACUAAAGCAGCACAUCAGGCUUCCACUCAAAUAUAGAAUAGGAUUUUAAUGAAAAAAUGUGUUGGCCUCUUCCUACAACUAGGGGAAAGAAUCCAUAUUCUGCCAAUAUUUAUUACUCUCUGAACAGCUGAUGCACAGUUUAAUGCACUGCCUUUUCUCUGCAGAAAACUCGGUUUCAGAAUAAUUUUUCAGUUUGCAACUGAGGAUAAAAUUGUAGUUUUGUCAUGUUUUGUAAUGGGUAGUGGGACAUGUCUCAGAAAUUCUCCUCUGCCCUUUUCAUCAGUCCCCACCUGUGCUGUGAUUUGUAACAUCUGGCAGUAUCAGCCUGAGAUGGGAAUAACUGAAAAUUGCAGUCAAAGCUGAGACACCUUAAAAGAAUUGCUGACUGGGGAAGAGCCAAGCAGCACUGUUAACACUGUCAGUGUUAACUCCAUUUGGAGCCCUUACUUCUCCCGGGGGAGGAGGAGGACAAAAUCUGGUUCCUCUAAAUUAUAUGCAUUAAAAGUUUUACUGAACUUUUCACUCCUCUGAAAAAAAUGUUCUCUGUAGCUUUUAAUUUCAUGGAUAACUCCCUGUGUUAUCAGAAAACAGCUAAGUAGCUGGCUUGCAUGGAUAAUGAAAGCUGCACUCUUUCUAAUGUUGACCAUUUUCACCAUUGAGAGCUGAUGACAUGACAAAACUCUGCUGUUUCUUGUUUGACUCAAGAUUGCAGAGAUGAGUGGUGGGGCAUUUUGCUCUCUUCCUUCCUGGUUUUGUUUCAGAGACCCUUUUCCCAGCCUUUUGGUUCACCUAGAAAGAGUGAGCUGUUGUCCCCUUCUCAUCCUCUGCCCACUGCCUGGGAUUAGUUUCCCUUCUUUCCUGUGCAGUCCCUACUGAAAAGGACUUCUGUCUGCCAGCUGGAAAAUGCACCACAAUUCUGUUUAAUCCUCCUGGGGGAUACCUUCUUUUAGGGAACACAAAUGUUUGGCAGUAUCCAAUAUAAAACAUUCCCCUGGUUUAUAUGAGAAAUAACGGAGCAACUUAAAGAUAUAUUUUUAUGUUAUUUGGGUGAAGCGUAAUAUAUUAAUGGGCUGUACAAAGAAGAUUUAUAUUUUAAAGCCUUCACACAAAUCUAAUAUCACUUUAAAUGUCAUUGUCUGAAGUGUAUUAUAGAAAUAAAUUGUCUUUGAUAUUUGCAUUUAUAAGUGGCCCAAUGACAAUUCAGAUGUCUCACAGAAUAGUCAUUAAUGAUAUAAAGUAUAUUUUGCAUUGACAGUAGAACUGAAUUCUUUUUAUAUGAGUCAACCCAACAGAAAUAUUAAAAAAAAAAAAUGGCAUUUGUUCCAUCCAUUAAACAUCUCUUAAAGUCUUAAUUGAUUAUUUUUCUUGAAACAAUAUGUAUAUAGCUAGGAAAUAUAUACAGUAUAGAAUAAUAGAUGCUCCCCGGAGUAAAUACAGGGUUAUAAUUUGUUUGAAGGGCUCCACAGAAAAAUGCAGCUUGAAUGGAGGUGAAAUAGUCUGUUUGUGAAAAUUUCAUCAAAGCAAGGAUUAGAUGAAAAGUAGGGAAGAGAGUCUAACUCUAAUAAAAAGUAAUAUUGGAGUCUAGGAGUGUGCUUUACCUAUGUAUUUAUUCUAUGGUAGUCUAUUGUUAUAAUAUAUACUUUUGAACAUUUAAUUUUUAAAGUUUUAUAAAACAUUUAAGUUAAAACGUUAGGUUUGACCAGUUGAUUUAGCUUUCUUUUAAGUGGUGUUAAUCAAAUGGUAUUACAAUUGUCACCAAUCUUUAAACUAUAAUACACAAGAAUUUAAUUGUAGGUCAUGCUGUUCAUAGAAGAAUCUUGCCUGUUGUGGUCACUGCAAUCUCAAAGCAGUGUAUAGCAUAACGAUGAGGCCCUUGAGAGGGAAGGGCAUGCUAACUUAAUUCUCUUCAGUCAGCUGCUAAAAGGCAACAGUCUUCUAUGUGAAAUUCUCCAGCAUCACUAGUGUUACUGCUCCCUAGGGAAGAGUUCUUUUUCAAAAUCUGCCCCAUCCACGUUUACAGCCUUCAAACCUGAGGACCUAAGGCUUUUUCGUUAUUUUUUAUCUUGUAGCUUGGGUGAGUGAAAAGGAGUCACUGUUGUCAUGCCUGGGACAUUUUCCCUCAGUUCUUACAUCAGAAGAGGGAUGUGCAGGAGCUGGGUUUGCUGCCCCAGCAGAAGGACUGGUAUGGCUGGCCAAGUUUUCCCAAGCAACCCAAAAGAUCCUUGAUUUCCCCCGGUCCCUGCGACAAACCAAGGUCAUUUGUUGCAUAAUGCUUGGUGUUCUCAUCAGCUCUGGUCUUCUUGGUUCAGUAGAUACUUACUGCUAGGAUAUGUACUUCAGCUGUGCCCAGUAUGCUUCCUCAGCCUGUGGGAGUGGAGGCUUCAAAGAUGAGUCUGCCAGCUCAGGAGGUCGAGGUUGCAGCUAGGCCUUUAGACUGUAGACGUGAAGAGGAGCAGGGCUGUGUCAGAUAAUGGGAGCAGUAACAAGAGGUGCGGGACUGUGAGGUGCUGUUGCGUGACCUCCCCAUCCGAGGAGCAGGGAGGGAGGAGAGGAGGUUUCGCUGCAGUUGUAAACGGGUGAGGUUUCUGGAGGAAAGCUGAGCUGCCUCCACCUCAUGGAGCAGUGAAAAAGUGAGACAGGAAUGUGUCUAUGCCACACCUGAAGUUGUAGCUGCAGCCCCUUGAGACUUGUACUGGAAUUAGCUUGAACCUUCCUUAACUCUGAGUAGUUGCAGCAGCAGCAGCUGUGAUGCUAAGUGCCCGAUGCCGUGCUCGAGGUUGGAUCUCCAGGCUCGUGCUGCUUCAUCUGCCAUGUCGCUGCAGUGCUCUCAAACUAGAUAGGUCUGGGGUUUGACUUGUAGUUCCCACACAUAUAUGCCUUUUGUUUCCAGAGGGAAGUGUAAGGGACUGAGGUAACCAGAUUUUUAGCAUCUCCUCUGCCACAGUGUGAGGCAAUGAUAGGGGGGUGACACAUCCGCAGAAUAAAAGCUGUGUUGCUAGAGGGCUUCUCUGCUGAUACCACUUAACCUGUCAGCGCAGUUUGAGAAGUUUAUAAACACUGUCAGAUCAAAAGGGAAUUCAGCCAUAACUUUCACUUUUCUUAGCCAUUUCUCUUAGUAAUAUUUUAAAAUUUUUAAUUUACAAAUAUUUUUAAAAGAAAGAAAUGAGUGGUUUAAAUUUUCCCUGUUAAAUGUUGGUGAAAGUAUUACAGCUCUCAUUGACGUCAGUGACAUGUUAUUACCAGUUUGUUCUCUGCCACAUCUUACAGAGGAGUAAACUGGUAAGUAUAUAUUAUAUAUAUUUAUAUAUAAUGUAAAUAUAUUGACUUGUUACACCUAUAAUAUGUUGAAAUUGGUUUUUAAAAGGUGAUGUAAAUAGUGGUUUCCUUAAUGAAAAAUACAUAUUUUGUAUUGUUCUAAUGCAAAGGAAAAGAAAAACCUUUUAAUCUUUUUUUUGUUAUGUAUAUUCCAUGUAUAAGUGUAAAUAUGAUCACAUAGGUUUAAAAACUUUUGCAUGUAUGUAUACAGUUGCAAGUCUGGAAGAAUGUAUAGAAAAAUACUUUUAUUUAAAGUUGUGAUAACCUGCUGCAUGAAAAGUGCAUGGGGGACCCUGUGCAUCUGUGCGUUGGCAAAAAUGUCUUAACAAGUCAGGUCAGUUCAAAACACAACAGUAUUCCACUUCUGGACAUGACUUCUGCUGUGGUAUUUUAGCUUUGUGAAAGAAUGUGCUUCAAAUCAAAAGGGUCUGGGGAAAAAAAUGCAAAACUACUUUUAAAACAUGAAGUACUCAUACAACUAUAAUCAGUCACGUAAGUUCAGGAUUCCAUUUUACAUAAUUGAAAUAUUGUACCAGGACUAUUCCAUUGCUGUAAAACAAAGGAAUAUUGAUUUUUCAUUGCCAUACAUAAGAAUUUGGAAUUUUACCACAACCAAUUUUAUUGUGAUGUGUUUUCAGUAAUUUAUCUAACUGGUCUCAUUUUUUAUUAGAAAUUAAUUUCCUCAUGUGAUGUCACAAAACUGUACAUACUGCAGUGUGAAGUUUUUUUAAAUCUUUCAGUGUUUACUUCCUGCAGAAGAUUUGAAUAAAUGAGAAAAAUGCA